AUGUCAGACAAUAAAAGCCCCGAUGAUUUAUCCACCGCGAUUCUCCGCCGCAAGGACAGGCCCAACCGUCUCAUCGUGGAAGAGGCCGUCAGCGAUGACAAUUCUGUUGUAGCACUUUCACAGACCAAGAUGGAGCAACUGCAACUGUUUCGUGGUGAUACCGUUCUCCUCAAGGGAAAACGCAGGAAGGAAACCGUAUGCAUUGUUCUCUCAGACGAUAACUGUCCUGAUGAGAAAAUCCGCAUGAAUCGCGUUGUUCGUAACAAUCUGCGUGUAAGGUUAUCUGACGUUGUGUCAAUCGCCCCAUGUCCGUCUGUUAAAUAUGGCAAGAGAGUACACAUCCUGCCAAUUGAUGACUCCGUUGAAGGCUUGACUGGUAACCUGUUCGAAGUUUACCUGAAACCCUACUUCAUGGAGGCCUACCGGCCCAUCCAUCGGGACGAUACGUUCAUGGUGCGCGGUGGCAUGCGAGCGGUCGAGUUCAAAGUCGUCGAAACGGACCCAUCGCCGUACUGCAUCGUCGCGCCGGACACCGUCAUCCAUUGCGACGGGGAGCCGAUCAAGAGGGAGGAGGAAGAGGAAGCUCUUAAUGCUGUUGGAUACGACGACAUCGGCGGCUGUCGCAAGCAAUUGGCCCAGAUUAAGGAGAUGGUGGAGUUGCCGCUCCGUCAUCCGUCGCUGUUCAAGGCCAUCGGUGUGAAACCACCGCGUGGCAUCCUUAUGUACGGCCCACCCGGCACAGGAAAGACCCUGAUCGCUCGUGCUGUUGCUAACGAAACUGGGGCAUUCUUCUUCCUGAUCAACGGUCCGGAGAUCAUGUCCAAGUUGGCGGGUGAGUCAGAGUCCAACUUGCGCAAGGCGUUCGAGGAGGCCGAUAAGAACUCGCCGGCUAUCAUCUUCAUCGACGAGCUGGACGCCAUCGCUCCCAAGCGUGAGAAGACCCACGGCGAAGUGGAGCGUCGUAUCGUCUCGCAGCUUUUAACACUCAUGGACGGCAUGAAGAAGUCGUCGCACGUGAUCGUAAUGGCGGCCACCAACCGGCCCAACUCGAUCGACCCGGCGCUGCGUCGCUUCGGCCGUUUCGACCGCGAGAUCGACAUCGGCAUCCCGGACGCCACCGGCCGCCUCGAGAUCCUGCGCAUCCACACCAAGAACAUGAAGCUCGGAGACGACGUGGACCUGGAACAGAUUGCUGCGGAGUCUCACGGCCACGUUGGUGCGGAUUUGGCUUCGCUCUGUUCGGAGGCGGCCCUCCAGCAAAUCCGCGAGAAGAUGGACCUCAUCGAUCUCGAGGAUGACCAGAUCGACGCCGAGGUGCUCAACUCGCUCGCCGUCUCCAUGGACAACUUCCGUUACGCGAUGACAAAGUCCUCGCCGUCGGCGCUCCGCGAGACUGUGGUCGAAGUGCCGAACGUGACGUGGUCCGACAUCGGGGGGCUGCAGAGCGUCAAGCGCGAGCUGCAGGAGCUGGUGCAGUACCCGGUCGAGCACCCGGACAAAUUCCUCAAGUUCGGUAUGCAGCCGUCCCGCGGCGUGCUCUUCUACGGCCCGCCUGGUUGCGGUAAAACUUUACUGGCCAAAGCUAUUGCCAAUGAGUGCCAGGCCAACUUCAUCUCAGUGAAGGGACCAGAGCUGCUUACCAUGUGGUUUGGUGAAUCUGAAGCUAAUGUGCGCGACAUAUUCGACAAGGCUCGUUCGGCCUCGCCGUGCGUGCUGUUCUUCGACGAGCUGGACUCCAUCGCCAAGUCGCGCGGUGGCUCCGUGUCUGACGCCGGCGGCGCGGCUGACAGGGUCAUCAACCAGAUCCUCACCGAGAUGGACGGCAUGGGCGCCAAGAAGAACGUCUUCAUCAUUGGUGCGACCAACCGUCCGGACAUCAUCGACCCGGCCAUCCUCCGGCCCGGCCGUUUGGACCAGCUCAUCUACAUUCCGCUGCCCGACGAGAAAUCGCGCGAGGCCAUUCUUCGCUCCAACCUGCGCAAGUCGCCCAUCGCCAAGGACGUCGACCUCUCCUACAUCGCCAAGGUUACCCAAGGGUUCAGCGGUGCCGAUCUGACUGAGGUGUGCCAGCGCGCCUGCAAACUGGCCAUCAGGCAGGCCAUCGAGGCGGAGAUCCAGCGAGAGCGGACGCGUCAGCAGCAGACACCGGCCGCCGUCAUGGACAUGGACGAGGAGGACCCGGUGCCCGAGAUCAGCCGCGCCCACUUCGAGGAGGCGAUGAAGUUCGCGCGCCGCUCCGUCUCCGACAACGACAUCCGCAAGUACGAGAUGUUCGCGCAGACGCUGCAGCAGAGCCGCGGCUUCGGCACCAACUUCCGGUUCCCAAGCAGCGGCGGCGCGGCGGGCGGCACGGGCACUUCGGGCGGCGACCAGCCCACCUUCCAGGAGGAGGGGGGCGACGACGACCUCUAUAGU